AGCAUAAUGCCAUGUGACUGAUGGCAGACAAAAAUCUGAUCUAUGCUGAAUGAUGAGAGGAUUGUGCGUUUAUAAAGAUUUCUGGAUUUGUGGAAAUUUUACUCAGGAAUGCUGGGACUUUUCAGGCGAUAAAUCUUUUAGUAAAUUAGUUUUAUCCCUAAUAGGGAAAAACAGCAUAACUUCAGCAAACAGGCCUGUAGCUUGUCAGAAAUAAUGCUAAUAAUGAUGCAACUAUUUUUGAAAAAUGAAAGCAUAUAUUUUUCAAACUGCAAAUUGUUUUAACCAAGCUGUAAAUUCUCCCACACUGAUUAUUCUAGGACUAUAAAGGGAGAAAUGUAGUGGUGCAGCACACUCACUGACUGCAGUAAUGAGACAGGUGCUGCUUAAUUGACCUGUUAAUGGGGCUUAUGCUUAUCAGAUGGAAAAUAAAGCCACAGACUUUAUAACUGAAAUAUCAAGCAAAAAUAUACCAGAGCUCAACAUAUUCAGCUGCCUCGUGGAAUGGCUUGGCCGUGCAUCAGCAGAGUCUGCUGCUUGGCUCGGUUCUGGAACCAGUUCGAUAAAUCAGAUUUGUCGGUUCCGCUAACGAUUCAGAACUACUCUGACAUCGGGGAGCAGGAGGUGCGAUCCGUCACCAAACUCGUUUCCACGGAACAGGCGCCGGGCGUCAACUUCGUGACGCCGGACCAUGCAGCUGGAGUCCGGCGGCCGCAACGAGGACGGACGGAACCGAGUUAUAAACCCCGCGAGGACUACCAUCCCCCGGGUGUGCCCUUCCAGAGCGUCACCCAGUACAAACAGGAUUACAAACCAUGGCCCAUCCCGAAGAAGGAUAACUUUCCCUGGAUCAGUAACGGAGGGAAAGGCGGCACUUUAACUGAUAGCCCGGUGAACGGUUACUCUAACAGCACGAGUCAGCAGCGGGCGGACAGACUGGAGCGAAGCGGCAAGCAGAGAGGGGCAGAUCAGCUCAGCUCACACAGGAAGGAGUACCAGCCAUGGUCUGGAGCUCGGCCAUCAAAGCCUGCCCAUAAACGGCCCACCUUCCUGGGUACAGGUGCUGACCAGCCCCCGCCGGAGACCAGCUACCAGGCUGCCUUCAGCCCAGACUCGCACAGACACACAGACGCCAGUGUACCGGAGACCAACACACACGCACAGACAGAGAAAGCACACACACACAGGACAGAGAUCAGCAUGAAACCAGAGGAGCAGAAGACUAAGGUGUCACCAAACCCUUCUGCCGUCUUUCAAAGCAAAUCCAGGAUCUUCAACAUAUGAUCCAUCAACGCUCCCCAUUUAAAGAGCCACGUUCACAUCUGAUUCGGCCUUUCACUAGAAAAGACCACUUUAAAAAUGAAUUGUCACCUGAAUAUUGAGAAACUGAAGUCAUUCUGAGAGACUAGUAUCAUCAAGAGGAGAAGAAUGCCAGAGGAUGAAUAAAGACGGGUUCAGUGCAAGAGCUUGUGAAAAAUAAAAUGGAGUUCUCCAAAUCAUUCCACUGAGGAAUCUGCAGAACCAGAGGAAUUUGCUGGAAAUGUACACAACGUGAAAUCUAUGCAAGAGAAUGUAUGCUUCAAAUGUCAACCAUCUACUGGAAGGAUAUGUUUGUAAUUCGCUUCAGAUUUAAGAGUGAUAGAAAGAGUGUGUGACUGGGAAAGUUUUCGGGCUUUAGUUUCUGCUGACCUUACCCUGUCCCAGAUGAAUGAAUAUCUGCAUGUUUCCUAAUAGUUUUAUUACCGUAAUUGAUUGAAUAUGCAACAUUUAAAAAUGUUUAAAAAGCAACAAAAUGUAAUCUGGUGUCUGGGAGGAUUUAUCCUGUAUUUGCUUAUUUAAUGAGAUGCUUUUGAUAUACAGUAAUGUUGGUCUGUCAAUACUGAUCUGCUAAUGUCUGCCUGAGGACACCGGGUGCUUCUUAUCACCGUUUUCAUGCUCCAGACCCUGCUAGCCCUUUAUGAAACCAAUAUAAAGACUAAAUUAUGAAUAUUUUCUGUCACUGAAUUGGGGGCUGUGCAAGUAUUUUGUAAAUUCAGUUUAAAUAAAUGGGGAAAAUCCUUAGGACAAACCGUUUAAAUAAAAAUUACAUUCUUUAAA